AUUCACUCUGUGAGUGAUGGAAGAUUUUCAUACUGCCUUCCAGUACUUAAUCAAUACAUUCGGCCAGUUCCAAGGAUACCGAUGACAUAUCUAAGGUUCGGUGCAGAUAUACCCGAACAACGAGGUUUAGCAAGAACACCAUUGAAACAUAUUAACAACAGAGGACAAUACUUCCUAGACUUGAGAGGCAUUAGCCUCAAUGGGCGAAGACUUAAUAUAGAUGCAGCAGUGUUUGCUUUGGGAAGAAAUGGCAGUACUGGAGGAUGCAUAAUAGACAAUGGUACAACAUAUUCACGCCUUAUCAGGCCUGCUUAUGAGAUACUAAAAAGAGAGCUGGAAAAUCAUUUUUCAAGAUUUAAAAACUUGAGUAGGUACCGCAGUCAGCGGGGUGCAAAUUUAUGCUACGAGAGAAAGAAGCCGGAAGGUUUUCAAAACCUUCCAUCAAUCACAUUCCAUUUCCAAGGAUUGAAUGCUGACCUUUUAGUCCGGCCUUGGGGCGUCUUUCAAGUUGUGGAUAAAUAUCAUUCAUCAACGCAUCGUGAAUAUUUUUGUUUGGCUAUGAUACCUGGUGAUAUCAAGAGUGUAAUUGGAGCACACCAACAGGCAAACCAGAGAUUCGUUUAUGAUACGAAAAAUAAUCAAAUGCUCUUCAAAUCCGAGGUUUGUUCGAGAAAUGCAUGA